UUGAUGACACUAGCGAGUCAAAUAUAUCAAAUCUGCGUAGAAAAUUGAAACUAGUGAAAAUUAGAAUUUCGCAACUAGAAUAGGGGUAUUAAAGAAAAGUGUUAAACGUUAAUCUGCGAUUUUUUCAAAUUACUUAGUAAUCAUCACUGUUCGAAUUUUAAGUGGUGAGAAUAAGGUCACUUAUGUAAUAAAUAAAGGGUGGCCUCUGUAAAGCAUUAGAAGUAAUAGUGAAUACAUUGUAAUUCCCUUCAUUAAGUUUGCCUAUACUGGUAGAAGGCAAUAAAAUUGAGCCUCAAAAACUUAAAUAAUAAACAUGCCUUCUCCAAAACAGAGAAAAAUAGCUAUUAUGGGCUACAGGUCUGUGGGAAAAUCAUCACUAAGUAUACAGUUUAUUGAAGGGCAGUUUGUUGAUUCCUAUGAUCCUACUAUAGAGAAUACUUUCUCCAAAACUGUUAGAGUAAAUUCUCAAGACUAUGAGAUUAGACUUAUGGAUACUGCUGGUAUGGAUGAGUACUCAUUGUUUCCUAGUCAAUACAGUAUAGAUGUCCAUGGUUAUGUCUUAGUAUACAGCAUCACUAGUAUCAAGUCUCUGGAAGUGGUUAAAGCAAUUUAUGACAAACUACUAGAUAUUACUGGAAAAGUGCAAGUGCCUGUUGUUCUAGUAGGAAACAAAACAGACCUUCAUUUAGAAAGGCAGGUGUCUUCAAGUGAUGGAAAAAAACUAGCAGAAGAAUGGGGUGCAAUUUUCUUGGAAACUUCAGCGAAAGAGAACUUAUCUGUUUCUGAUGUAUUUCAUUUGCUUCUUACUGAAAUUGAAAAAUCCAAUGGCAAUUCAGGUGAUAAAUCAAAUUGCUUAAUAUCCUAAAUCUUUGCCAUAAAUUUCUAGGAAAAUUGCUAGUCUUGUAAGUGCAAAUAUCAGUAAUAUUUUUAUAAAACAUAUUUGUAUUCGUUAAUUUUAUAAUUAGUUGUAUAGGUUUAUUUGAGUUAAUUGUAUGGAUGUUGCAGUCUUUUUUGGUUAUCAUGAAUGAUAUAGCCAUCCCAACAACAAUACCCAAUUUAUUUAAGAAGAGUCAUUAAGUUCAUAUUUUUAUGCCCAGAUAACUGGAAUAUUAUGUUUUUGAUUAGAAUAUAAAUUUUUUGUCAACAAUUUUCAAAAUUAUAUAGGCAAAAUUUUUAUAUUUUUUGUUAAUUGCAGUGUUGCUACAGAAUUUUUAUUGGGUAAUUCUCCAAUUUACAUUAUUUUGGGUUGGAUGUCUUUCAAUUAAAUUUAAUUGCAACUGCCCUACAUGACGCAGAGACAUGAUACACAUAUAUAUUGAAUAAUAAUAUAUGCCCAUGCAGAAAAUCUUCAAUGUUCUUCUUUAUAUGAGUAAUGUAUAUUUAAUAAAAAUAUAACAGGGUUUUAAUUAACGUCAUGCAGGUAUUUCAGAGGAUGAUAGUACUUGUGGUCUAAGGUGUUUUGUUUUUCUUAAGGACAGGGUGGCAGAUUUUCUUUUUUUUUCUUACUCUUUUGAGAUUUCUCUGUUGUGUGAUAUUGCUUCAAAUUUAAUAAAUCAAAUUAUUUUUUAGAAUAUCUACAAUAAAAGAACUAGAUUAUUGGUUGUUGUAUACAAGUUGUUGUUUGUCACAUUUUUCUGAAUUGCCUAAAAUUUUUUUUUUAAUAUUUUUAAUCAUGUUUAUCCAAAAUGAAAUAAAAACUGACAUCAGAUCUACUUCUUUCAAACCAAGGGUAAAAAAAUUCUUAAAACAUGUAGAUAACAUAAUUUUAAACUCAAAUAAAAAAAUAUAAAUUUGAUACAAAAUAAUACCUAAUUUAUACAAAGUUAUUGCUUUUACAUGUACAAUCAUAUUUUUAGGUUUUCUUUAAGCAAAUCUCAGUUUAUUUUUCUUUCAAGAUUUUUUAUGUCCUUGCUUGAGAAUAUCAGAACCAUAAAGUAAGUUUAUCACAUAAUUUAGGUUUUAAACAAUUAUUUGUAUCAGCAGUAAAUACAGAGUGAUCAAUGUGAUCAUAUUCAGCUUUUAUGGUGAAAUUAAACUAAAAUACCUAUGCAUGUAUCAGUAAAAUGAUUAUAUAUUAUAUACCUAGUCCAAGAUGGAUUUAUAAAUAUAUUUUACAAUGUUUUGCAGAAUCUACUUAAUAGUAAGAUAGUAGGAUCUAUAGUUGUUCAGAUUAUAACUUUUUCCAGAUUUUUACAUUGGGAUAAUUUUUGCCACCUUAAGGCCUCUGGUAAAACUCCUGUUUCCAACAAACCAUUUAAUUAACCUGGUAAACUAUUUUGUUUUAAAUAUGCAAUUGUAUUUAUAAUUUUCAUCUUAUCGGUAAAACCUCCUCUUUAAAUGAUGCAAAUUGUUUUUUUAAUUAUUGUCAAUUUAAUGUUUAAACUCAGUUUUUUCCGAGAUGCAAAAGCUUAUUCAGUUCCUGUGUUAUUUGGUCUUAAUUUUUUAUUUUUUCUCAAUUUUUAAUAAUUUCUUAGAUUGUAGGUAUAUUCAUUUUUCUGUUUCCUACAUGGUUCAUUUAUCAACUUCUAGGGUUUCUUAGAAUCACUAAAGGCUCUGUUAAUUUUCAAUUCUGCAUAUUUUUUUUGUAGUAUUGUUUCUACAUUUUGUUUAUGUUUUUUUAGUUUUUAUAGUGUGAUCUUUCAGAAUUUUUUUGUGGAGCAUCUUUUGUUUAGUUUUCAGACCUCCUACACUAUUCAUGUAUAUGUCACUGUUUUCAAUUUAUUUGUGAAAAUAGCCAUUAAUGGAAAUUGUGUUAGGAUGAAAUAAAGUAGAGUAGAAAGCAGUUUUUCCUUAUAAUACAUGUUAUAUGUUUUAUUUAAGAUCAACCAACAGAGUUGUCACAUAAAUACAUUAAAAAUAAAAAUAAUUUAAAACAAAAUACAUUAGCUAAUCAAUUAAAAAUAAAAUCAUAAAAACUGUUGAAAAUAUUUGCUUUUUGCUAAAAUGCUUUAAUCAAGUCUUGUUGAAUCAAUACAAUUUAACACCCUGCAUUCUGCAACCAACUAUUUUAAUACUUUAUUGUAGAGUACUGUCUGAGUCCUGGAAAAUAAUUGGUGUACCAAAUUUGAAAUACUUAUUAUAGAACAUAAAAGAGAAUAUGUAAAAUACAAAAAAAAAGUUGGGAAAAUUGAGUUUUCCAUCCUUUAGACGAAAAUGAUGUACAGGAUGGCAACUUGACAAUGGACUUUUUCUUAAUUGCAUUUUGUUCUUAUUUUAAUGAUCUCUUUCACCCCUCUGAAAUAUCUGUCUGACAAUAAAACCCUGUAUAUAUUUUUUAAGAACAUGCUAUUUAAUAUUUUUAUUUUUAUUAUAUUGAUGUAGGAUAGUUGACCAUAUGCCAAUAAAGUUUCAAUUACAGUUAAAAAAAGUUUAAACGUACAAGUUUCAGUUACUAAUAAUGUUGUCAAUAUCGUAGUUAUUGCCUUUUCUGUAGUUUUUCAUCAAAAAUAAAAUUACUUUAUUAUAAGAUUAACUACUUUACAAUAGUUUUUUACUUCAUUGUUUCAGAUAAAAGAUUAAUUUAGUUUAUAUAACUUAUGCAUUGAAAAUUUGACUUUUUUAUGUUCAAAAUAAAGAGUUGAACAGUUAUUUUUUCACCUGAGGCAAAAAAUAAAUAGUCAACAAUGUAAUUUUCUUCACAAAAAAAUCAUCAUAAGACAAAUAUAUUUUUCUGUAGAAUCCUGUAAAAUUUUCAAUGCAUUUUUCAUGAAAAGCAAGUGAAAAUACAGUCCAAACUCUAAUUGAAAGGUGUCUUGUUGGACUUCUUUCACCAUUUGGUAUCUAAUACCAACGCCUACAAAUAAAAAAGAUGUGAAUUUUUAAGAAUUAAAAAGUGUAAGUUAAAAGUAUAAAAAUUAAAAAAAAAACAGGGAUACCUAGCAAUCAGCUAUCCCUCCCAUUCUAUUACAUGAUAGGAGAGUAUCUAACAGUUAUCAAUAAAAAAGAUAUUUAAUUUUAAAGCUAUUUUAAUGAUUAACAACCACUAAAACAAUAUAUAUUUAUAUAUAAAAAAAAUAUUUAUUGCUGUGUUAACUCUAAAUUUUUAAGUACCUAUCUCAUUGAGUUUCAUAUAACUUCUCUAUAUUUUCAUUUGAGUUUAUUAUUAAAACUAUUUCGUAAAUAUGAUUAAUUAAAAUGAAUUAAAAUUAAAAUUUUAUGUUUCAGUUUUAUAGACUUAGCCAUUUCUUGAAUAUUUUUUUUCUAUACAUUUCUUUAAUUUCUUCCCAAUGCUCAAGAGAGAAAAAUUACUAUUAUUUUUUAUUAAUAGCCCUUUUUACAUGUGUGACUUCUAUAUUUACAUCAGACAUCGUCUAUAUGUACCUUAAUAGUUUUCAGAUCUUUUUCAGUGUUAAAAGUAAUAUCUUAAAAAGAAGAAUAGAAAUCAGAAAAUAAUAGCAAAUAAAUAAUGGGGAAAAGUUGAUUUGUUCUAUGCAACAUUGGAGAGACCAUUAUGGAGGAUUACUAAAAAAUAAGAAUGUUGUAUAUUUACUAUAUUUAUGAUGACUUUUUGCACUUGAGUUUUGAAUGUGUGUUCUUUUAAAAUGUUUCUAAUUUUCAGAAACUACUUUCUUCUUUUUAGACUGUGCAAAAAUAAAUGCACCUAUUUAUUUAUUUCUCUUUAAAGUAGAGUUUGGUAAAGUUUUAGAAAUAAGGGAUAAACAGAUCAAGCUUUUUUGGUAAAUAAAUAAUAGAAAUGAAGUUUAUAUCAACUAGGUGUAAUUCAAGUUUUAAAACAAUUUAUGUAUUUAAAGAUUUAUUAAACUAAAAAAAAAAUUACAACCUAGAUGUAAGUAUUAAUUUUGAAUAUCUGUUAAAUUCGGUCUGAAAAAAAAUAUUGUUACUACUUAUUUUGUUAAAUGUUAUGAUAUGUAGACAUCCAGAUCAUGCUUUUAAUAAUUUUUUUUUUACUUCAAUUUUUUUUUAAGGAUUCAAUAUCGAGGGCUUCAUAACAGGGGCGUAUUAACGAAAUUAAUAAUGUGCAGGAAACUAAAAAAACGUUUUAAAAAUUCUGUGGUUUAGGAAACUUUGUGAAAUUUUACAUGUAAAUGUAUUAUAAAAUUGCUGUUAUAAGCUUGCAUAAGUCUUACCAUUUAGGACUACCAACACAGACUUAUAGUCGAUACGCCCCUCUGUUACGCUGUAACACUGGGCGUAGUGUUAUUUUAGUUAAUAUUUUGCCUGUAAAAUUUGUCGAUACGUCUUUAUUCAAUUAAACCAAGUUAAAAAAAAAUAUUUUAUUUUUCCAAAAUGACAAAUCAGUUCCAUUCUUACUACAAAAGUUCAUAGAAAAAAUUAAAAUUAAACUUUAACUUAACAUUUAACAAAAACAAACUUGAAUAAACUAAUUGUUGCGGCCACUGCGCUUCUUUUAUCGUAUCCUGUUUUUAAGAGUUGCCGGGGUUCCUCAUCAUCCGAAGUAUCUUGAUUUCCGUCAUGGGGUAAAUCUUUAUAAUACUGAUGGUAUACUCGAGGUAUAACUGUGUUCAUUGUUGAAGAGAAGCAACUUUGGACACUCUUUUGUAAAUUUUAUUGCUCUAACAUUCUUCCAGUUUAAAGUUUCUCCCUGUUCAGCAACUGUGCAGUUAGGCAUAACAUUUUCGCGAUAAAUCUUGAAAUUUUUGAAGUCGGUAUAUUCUAACACAUGAACGUUGUAUGGCUGACCUUUUCUUUUUGCUAAAUGAAUAACGUUAAACCAGUCGCUUGGAAUAUAGAUUUUGGAAUAACGCGAUGCAGACUCAAUUGUGAGUCGCACUCCAUGUGAGUAUCCGCCUUCUAAAAAUUUUAUUUCAAUGCUCUCUAGAGAAGAAUGUUUAAAAAGAGCCUGAUGAAACAUAGCAGCUACUGUAGAAUUUCUAUUCUGUCCAGGGCAGUUAUCGGAAAACAUUAUUAGGUGCUUUGCAGUCAACGGUACAUACUUUUCAAUAAACAUAGAGAGACAUAUAGAAAUUUAAUUUGAACCACAUUUUCCAUUGGUCUCAUCCCAAAUAUAAGAAUAACCUGUCUUCUCUUUUGUCGCAUAAAUAGUAAAAUUAUAUGCAGCUAAUUUUCGUUUAUAAAAUAGCGGCUUAGCAAAAAAAGUGGGCUAUACAAAACUGCUUCCAAGUCAAAAUUACAAGUAAAAUAGGUUGGGUCACUUCUUGAUUUCUCAGCAUCUUGUUUUUUUAUGACAUUUAUGGUGUCUUUUCUCUUUAUGUGCAGCUGGUAUUCAGGUUCACGUGGAAGUCUGGCAUCUGCAGUUUGAAGGAAAAAUUCGUAGCACCAACACUGAUCUUUUCUUGGAAUAUAAAAGGCAAUCAUCUCUUCUAUCAAUCUUUCCUUAUAUUUUGACUGAGAUACUGGUUUAACCUCAAGUCCCUUGCAAUAUUCCAGAUAAAGUGUAUACAUUCUUUCUUUAUUUAAAAUACUUUCCAAAUAUUUUUUGGUACUGUCUUUUCUACACCAAUGAGCUGGCACAACUGGAAAGGAAUUAAUGUAGUUAUCCAUUAUUUGAAUAGCAUCAUCAGGAAGUUUGAUACCCGGAGCAUGUUUUCUCCUGUUAUCUGGAGAUGGAAGGUUUACAUCAUUGCGAGAGAUUUUUGCAAUGAAGUUCGCAUCAUUUUUACAGAAAUACCCAAUGUAGAUAAGAAAAAUUGCUUGCAAACUGAAAUUUCCACAUUAAGGUAUAAAAAGCUGUAAGUAUUUGUGUACUUUCUUCGAGAUAAUUGAACUCUGCCCGUUGUAGUUGCUUUUCUCUUCACCCUUGAACAUAAGCACGGCGCCCACUGAAUCGGCAUCGACCGUCUCGGCACGGUCGGUACAAUCGGCCGGAUUUGCUUCACAUGGUAUUUAAAUGGGGCCGAGCGCACUGAAUCGGUUCGGUACCUUCGGUCGGUUCGGUUUUCUCCGCCGACGAUCUCAUAUUGUGAGGAGGGCAACUUUUGCCGAUUGCACCGAAAGCCUUCGACUAUUUUAGCAUUUUUUCGCAUAGAGUGAGAAACUGUUUCAAACAAUUUUAAAAACCGUUGAUUUGAUAAAUAUGUCAAAUAUGUCGAACAGUUUAAUCGAAGCUGUUCGCAGUUUUAGAAUAUUGUAUGAUAAACAAAACACAUAUUAUCAUGAUAAUUUAAGGAAAGAAAACGCUUGGGAGGAGGUAUCCAAAAAACUGGUUGUUCUGGUAAGUGUCAUUUAUUAUAUCUUAAAUCGGUGUUUUCGUUAUUUACUGUUUAUUAAGUUGGCAUCAUCAGGAGAUUUUAAAACUCAGUUUUAAUUAUCUGAGGAUGCCAACUUGGUCGGCGAAAUGUGCGAGUGUGAAAGUUUUCGUUUUGGUGUUAAGUGGUGUACAACUCUUGCUUUGAAUAUAAUUUAUGUUUUUACAAAAAUACACAAAAAAGAUAGCUUAUUAUAUAGUUCACGCAUUCAAAUGCACGUUGGAAUGUUAUGUAAUAAUUUGUUUUAUUUGAUUCUAUACAGGGUGUCCCACAACGAAUGCCGGCUAUCUAUAUCUUGUAAAGUAGAGUUCAGAAACUUUUAAAAUUUGACAGUAUACCAACGUUGAGGCACAAUUCAGCUAAAAUAAUUUUGAGAUGGCGCAAAAACCAGUUCUCGUAAUGAUAGAACCAUCUUCUUUAAAUUAUUUUCUAAAUAGUGGGAUAUCAAAAAAUUGAGAGGGCGGAGGCAUGACACUAUACAAAAUCACCCUGAACAUAUUUUCAUUCUAAAAUAUUUGAAAAACAUUCCUUCGUCCUCCAGCAAAAGAGAUGAUCAUAUUCUCCGAAAUCUCUUCUUUUCAAAAAAUAUGUACCCAAAAUCUCCUAAGCUUUUCUACCGCUUCUACUUCAGCACAGGCUACUGCAAUCAUAAGAUCCUCUUCAGAAUCUCAGGAACUGCUCAUUUUUUUUUAAA